AUGGGACUCCCGUACAAGCGCUCUACGCCAGGCACCGGUACGGACGAUAAUAUCUCUGUUGCGGCAUCGACGCCCGAGAGAGCGGCCAAACGCCAGAAACUGGGCGACCCAAAUGCCGGCUACGCGCUCCUCCGUCACUAUGGCCCAGCGACUCCUCUCCUCACGCCUCCGCCAAGCGCACUUCCCGCGCCUGGUCGUCUCUACCCAGCUGUCUCUCUCACCGUCAAGAUCCCCCAGCACAUCCCCGACAAGAAAGAGAAGCAGACGCUCGCAGCCCGCAAAGCAGCAGCUACGCGCUGGGCGAACUCAGGCAAACUCACGAGGCCCUACCCGACCAACCGCGAGCUCAACAUGGCCUACAAGCUCAAGCUCGUGCGGCACUAUCCUGCCUCACCCGGCACCGUCCCAGAGUCCAACUUUGUCAGGCCCCAGAUCAGCAAGUCGAGCCGAGUGACCAACCUUCUCCGGUCCUUCCCGAAGCAUCUGAGCAACUUGGUAGUACCAGCGCCAACGCAGCAGCGCUAUAUGAACCAGAGUAUCCUAAAUAGGAAUAAGGAGAUCACGGCGAGCGAGGACGCGGUUCGUCUAGCGUGGGAGAGCUUCGCGGUUCCGGACAGACCGACGCGGCAUGCGAUGAUGGAGUCGGGGCUCAAGACUGAGGAGCUGUACAAGGAGGACCGGGGGCUCCCGAAUGCGCUGCCGGAGUGGAAGAAGCAUCGGACCAGCCGGUUUCGAGCUCAGAGGGUCGGUGGCGCAGGGAAGCGGCUGCGAUAA